AUGACUUCAGUAGUCCACCGUAACAUUGAAUUGUAUAAAGGACUGUUUUGGACCGUAUUCUUGGUAAGAUAUGUACUCCAACCUAUCUUUGGCUUCACAUAUGAGAACAUACAACCCCGCGUCUACUUCCUGUUUUUGGAAAAUUACCUCGUCGUGUCAUUCAGAUCAACUCUGAUCUUCUUCAGAGACCUCAAGGACACUUUCUGUGGCAUCUUCGACAAUGUCCUCAGUAUGGGAAUCCGGUUCAGCUUGAUUGCUGUUGUUGUGAUGGUCGACCAAAUGUACUCUCUGAAUUUCAUGAACAUGUUCAGAGUGAUCUUCAGAGUCGUGUCACGCUGCAUCCAUUGGAUGGUCACAUUCAUAGCUUAG